UGCUGCUGCUGCGGCCUCCGCGGCGCUCGCCGCCCCUCCGCCUUUUUUUUUGGGCUCCUCCUGAGGCGCGGCGCCCGCCGCCAUGUUUUGCUACUCGGAGGGGCUGCUGGUGGCCUUCUCGGCGGUGGUGCUGGCGGCGCUGGCGCUGAGCCGGAGCGCCACGCUGGCCUGCGCUCUGUCGGGCGGCUUCUACCUGGCGCUGCGCCUCUUCAGCCUGGAGCCCGUCGCCCCGCAGCGCGCCCAGCUGGUGGUGCAGCCCCGCGGGAACCCCGCCCGCAUCGCCCACCGAGGGGGAGGCCACGACGCCCCCGAGAACACGCUGGCCGCCAUCCGGCAGGCAGCUGAGAAUGGAGCCACAGGAGUGGAACUGGACCUUGAAUUUACUGCAGACGGGGUUCCUAUCCUUAUGCAUGACGAAACGGUGGACAGGACCACUGAUGGCUCUGGAAGUUUGCGUGACUUGACGUUUGCUGAUAUUCGACAGUUUAAUCCAGCUGCUAAACAUAGAUUAUGGAGGGAUUAUCGUGGGGAAAAAAUACCAACCCUAAAAGAAGCUGUUUUGGAAAGUUUGCAUCAUGACCUCAUCAUCUACUUUGAUGUCAAGGGACAUGCAGAUAAGGCAGUUGCAGCCCUGACACAGCUCUACCUAGAAUAUCCACGGCUGUACAACACCAGUGUGGUUUGCUCGUUUAUGCCAGAUGUUGUCUAUAAGAUAAAACAAGCUGACAGAAAUAUCAUAACAGCUCUGACCCACCGACCCUGGAGCUUCAGUCAUUACGGGGACGGGAAGCCUCGCUAUACGGUUUUUUGGAAACACUAUUUGUCUAUGGCCUUCGAUGUUAUCAUGGACUGGAGCAUGCACAACUUCCUAUGGCAUUUAUGUGGCGUUUCUGUUUUCCUGAUGCAGAAAAACUACGUUUCACAGGACUACGUAAAUCGUUGGUCCUCGAAAGGGGUUCACGUUGUCGCUUGGACCGUCAACACGCUUGCCGAAAAAAUGUAUUACGAAAACGUUCUCCAGACCACCUACAUGACCGACAGCUUACUAGAGGAUUGCGACCCUCACUACUAGCUCGAUCUUCAACUCCCAGUUGGCUUCCUUAAGUCAGACUGGAGUUCAGUGGGACUUUAUGAUUUUAUUUCGCCGAGGCCACAUCGCUUCCCUCAAGGGGGAGGAAAACGAUUCCAUGUCGGGUUGCACCAAGCUUCUUCCUUUUGGCUGGGAUUGAGAUUUCUCACAACUCACUUUUGCUCCAAGAAUGAAUCAGCAUUUUUAGUCAUAUAGAUACGUGCAGCUGAAAUGGGGGGACGGGGGACGGGGACCCCGAUCCACUACAAGGUAGGCAAAAUUAAGAAGGUUGGGAAUGAAAUUUUUGGAAAAUUCAUGGAAUGCUCCAUUUUUCCCGUGCGCCUUCCCUGUCCUCUAGUGCUCCAGUAGCAAUCUGGCAGUUUCCCAGAAGUAAAUCAGAAAUGAUUUUCAAGGUGUCCUGAGGGGUGUCCUUGUUCCCUGUUUUGUCCAGGAUGCCAGUUCAGAAAAAUGGCCAAUUACCCCAGUCAGUCUAGUCUGGAGAGAGAAUGAACACUUUUUUUUCCCCAUUGUUCUAUUCCUAAAUCUGAGUUCUGCACAUUCUUGGUUUAUACUUGGUCAAAACAGAACUACCAACUGCACUGAAUAAAAACCUCUUGCUGUUUUGUCCUCACAGAUCACACCACAUUCGACAAGACUUAAGAAAGAACCCAGGUAGUCUGUAUGGGCCCAUGACCAUUCAUUCAGCAAAUGUUCCAAGUUACGGCAGUGCCGAACGAACGGUGGUUAUCACCAUCCUCGGAGGUGCGACCAUCAAAAGCGUUCCCUUAGGCACACAAAUGCAAUCUGGGCAGUUGGCAACCAGUUUGCACUUACAGCCAGUUGCAGCUUUCGCACGAUCACUGUUGCAACCUUCUCUGCCGGCUUGCCCAGAAAAUCAGUGGGGAAACCAGCAGAGAGGAUUGCAAGUUACUCAGGUAAGUUUCCCACACCUAUGCGGCCUCCCUGCCCCUUUGUGCCAUGCCAACCAUUUAUUCACCUGCCUCGCCUGCACCCCUUCACAUCCGCACCUCACCAACUCAUAUACCCUUCCUGACCCGUGCCACGCUUCUCAUGCCCCCCCUCAUCACAUCCUUCUCCACACCAUCAGACCCUCCACACCCUAUUACUCCUUUCCCUUCCUAUUUACUCGUCUGGGCCUUGCCACUUCCUGCCAGUUUUCCUCCCUGACUUUGGUUGUGGGAAGCCAACAGGAAGUUCCUUGCCUAAUGACCCUGGGAUUCAGUUAACGACGGCAGGGUGCAGGAAUUACCAUUGGCACUUCACAGUUGCAUCGCUUAGCCACAGAAAUUCUGGCCCCCAACUGCUGUCAUAAGUCGAGAAUUACCUGCAGUGAGUUCGGGGAGAUCACUUCCAACUAUGUCCAGUGUGCAAACAUUUUCUCUCUCCCGCCCAUAAAUUCAAGGUGCAGCUUUGAUAAUGCAGUUAACCUCUCGAUCAAUACUUAGCAAGGCAACGUGCAAUAUAUUUUGAUGUGGUCGGGCUAUUUAAUGAAAGCUGGGAGUGGGGAGCUUUUCACAGCUGUCAGGGCUAGGAUGAUAAAAGCAAGGUGCAUUUAUGGCAGGUUUAAAAGUUAACUUUUGUUGAAGGUUGCAUUUCUAACUUGAAAGAAAUGUUUACAUUGCGUCUGUUCACGGAAACCUGAAACAGUUCUCUGGACUGCGUUUUUCUUCAGUUAGGUCUUUUCAACAUUGAGAUUUGCCCAAAAGUGAAAGAAUACCAAUGAUUUGUAAGGAUUGUUUCCAUCAGGAUUGAAAGUGUCACCCCAUAAAACAUCACUGUGUUAAAGAUUACAGCAAUAAAGGAUUUUUAAAACAACGUUUUGGAUAACUGCUGUAAUGGAAACCACUACUAGAAAAAAGGGAAAACCAGGGAUAAAUUAUCUCACGUGUUCAGGGUUUGUGAUCAUCUAUAAAUGUGGCACUAAAAUGUCCCACUAGUGCAAAAAACUGCUGCCUUAAACUUUUGCA